GGAGAGCCUUCAUAGUCGCCAAAACCGACAAAGCGUGAGAACUCCGACGCGCUUGCGCGGAGCCGCGAGCAAACCUCUUCCCGUAAAAGCGAUAUUCUCUCUUGAUCGUCCUCUGGAUCGAGAGAGAGAGAGAGAGAGAGAGAGAGAGAGAGACGGGGGAUUCAUGGGGGACGAUCGAGGUGUCUGCUUGGAGGAGUCUUUGACCGGGGGAAUGGAUGUAUGGAGCUCUUCGGUUCAAUCAUCUUCGUCGCCGGAUCAUAUUGUUAUCAUGGUUCAUGGGAUUCUUGGAAGCACUACUGACUGGAAAUUUGCCGCUGACCAGUUUGUAAGAGAACUUCCGGACAAAGUAAUAGUUCAUUGUAGUGAACGUAACAUGUAUAAGCUAACCUUAGAUGGCGUUGAUAUUAUGGGUGAACGAUUAGCUGAAGAGGUGGUUGAGGUCAUCAACAGAAGACCAGAAGCUAGAAAGAUUUCUUUUAUUGCACACUCUGUUGGUGGAUUGGUUGUGAGAUAUGCAAUUGGGAGGCUUUAUAGGCCUUCUAGAAGAAAAGCUGGAGAGGACCUUUCACGUGGUGUAAGUGAUGACAUUUCUAGAGGUACAAUAUGUGGUUUGGAGGCUAUGAAUUUUAUAACAGUUGCGACACCUCAUCUUGGUUCUAGGGGGAACAAACAGGUGCCAUUUCUUUUUGGGUUCACUGCCAUUGAAAAAGUUGCUUCUAGUGUUAUUCAUUUGAUAUUCAGAAGAACUGGCAGGCAUCUCUUUCUUAAUGAUAAUGAUGAGGGAAAACCUCCAUUGUUGAAGCGAAUGUUGGAUGACUGUGGUGAACUGUAUUUUAUGUCUGCACUGCAGGCAUUCAAACGCCGGGUGGCAUACGCUAAUGUUGGUUAUGAUCAUAUAGUGGGCUGGAGAACAUCUUCUAUUAGGCGCAACUCUGAAUUGCCAAAGUGGAAGGAUUCUAUAUGUGAAAAGUAUCCACAUAUAGUGUAUGAAGAAAUAUCUGAAGGAAAGGAUUCUGAUAAGUGUACUGAGGAUGCUAUGACAGUUGGCAAUUGCGAUGCUUUAGAAGAAGAGCUGGUGACUGGUCUCACACGUGUGUCAUGGGAACGCGUAGAUGUUAGUUUUCACACGAGUAAGCUGAGGUUUGCCGCACAUAGUGUCAUUCAGGUUAAAGAUAUCACCAUGCAUUCAGAAGGUGCAGAUGUCAUCCAACACAUGAUUGACCAUUUCCUUAAUUAAUUUAUGUAUAGAUUCUUGUAAGAUGGGAACAAUCUUCCGCAUACUGAAGGUUGGGCGUCUCUUUUUUUCUUUGAGAGAAUGCAAGGCGUCUCUCAUCCCUGUCCAGCUUUCAAGUAGGACCAGACAAAUGAGCACCAGAGCCAAAGUUACACAUCUAAAUUUAGAAAGCUAUUUAUCUGCUUGUUAGCUAGCUUUCAGUCAAUAUAAUUGUAUAACAUUUUACUAUAGAAAUGAUAAAAGCUGGAUGAUAUAUAUAAUAAAAUAAAAUACGUCUUGACAUA